UCAAUCAAUCAAUAAAAAAAAAUUUUCUUUAUAUAACAAACAAAUAUACUCUUUACCCUUGUUUUUAAUAAAAAUGUCCGAUAUUAAAGACAUUCAAGAUAUUCGUAAUCUUACAAGAACUGUACUAGACUUUCCAAUAAAGGGUAUUCCUUUCCUUGAUAUUUUACCCAUUUUUCAAAAUCCUAAAGCAGUUGAAUUUAUCAUAAAUAAUAUUGUGGAUCAUGUUACUUCAACAAAAGAAAAAAUCGAUGUAGUUGUUGGAUUGGAAGCUCGUGGAUUUUUAUUUGGACCAAUAUUGGCUUUAAGAUUAAAUGCUGCUUUUGUCCCUAUAAGAAAAAAAGGUAAAUUACCUGGAAAAGUUAUUGAUGUUGAAUAUCAAAAGGAGUAUGGACCGGAUAUUUUUGAGAUACAAGAGGAUGCAAUUAAACAAGAUCAAAAUGUUAUUGUUAUAGAUGAUCUUAUGGCAACAGGAGGUACAGCGGUUGCAGCUGGUAAACUUGUUAAUAAACUUGGUGGUAAACUUUUGGAAUAUAUUUUCGUGGUUGAAUUAACAGUAUUUGAUGGAUAUAAAAAAUUAGAUGCACCUUUAUAUUCUGUACUUAAAUAUGAUACUUAAUGAUAUUAUGGUAUAAAUUUAGAGAUGAUAUAAAUAGAUGAUAUAGAUGAUAAAAUUGAUAAAAUGCAAGUCGAUCGUACUACAUAAAUUUUUUUUAAUUUGAAAAAAA